GUCCGUCCAGAGCGCGCGGGCCGCGGAGCCGGGAGCCGAGCACGCGCGGGCCGCUCUGCAGCAUGUCGCGUUACGGGCGUUACGGAGGAGGUGAGCGGGCUGGGAACCCCCGUGAAGGACGGGACGAAACCAAGGUCUAUGUUGGUAACCUGGGAACUGGUGCUGGCAAAGGAGAGUUGGAAAGGGCUUUCAGUUACUAUGGGCCCUUGAGAACUGUGUGGAUUGCCAGAAAUCCUCCGGGAUUCGCCUUUGUGGAAUUUGAAGAUCCCAGAGAUGCAGAAGAUGCAGUAAGAGGACUGGAUGGAAAGGUGAUUUGUGGUUCUCGGGUGAGAGUUGAAUUAUCAACAGGGAUGCCUCGGAGAUCCCGUUUUGAUAGACCACCAGCUCGACGUCCCUUUGAUCCCAAUGAUAGAUGCUAUGAGUGUGGCGAAAAGGGACAUUAUGCUUAUGACUGUCAUCGCUAUAGUCGGCGCAGAAGAAGCAGGUCACGAUCUAGAUCACAUUCUCGAUCCAGAGGAAGGCGAUACUCUCGCUCACGCAGCAGGAGCAGGGGACGGAGGUCAAGAUCUGCAUCUCCACGACGAUCAAGAUCUGUGUCUCUUCGCAGAUCAAGAUCUGCUUCACUCAGAAGAUCUAGGUCUGGUUCUAUAAAAGGAUCGAGGUAUUUCCAAUCCCGGUCAAGGUCGAGAUCAAGAUCCAGGUCUCUUUCGCGACCAAGAAGCAGCCGAUCAAAGUCCAGAUCACCAUCUCCAAAAAGAAGUCGUUCCCCAUCAGGAAGUCCACGCAGAAGUGCAAGUCCUGAGAGAAUGGACUGAAGUUCUCAAGUUCACCUGUUAGGGAAAACUUAUUUUGUUUACAUUAUUAUAAGGGAUUUGUGGUGUCUGUAAACUAUAACCUAGGAAGGGUCUUGCUAUUAAAAUGGAUCUGAAUUACUAUGUAAAAUUCACAGCAGUAAGAUAACUGUUUUUGUUGGAUGUAUUAACAGCUUAUGGUCUGAAAAUGUGGGUUUUUAUUUGGCACAUUGAAAUAAAAUGUUUCUAACUAGA